AUGGGCGAUUUAGCUCGUGGGUACCGAGCUAAGAAUGAAUUUGAAAUGAACGAGCUUAAUACCAUAGGAAUGGGAUUAAAUUCCGACACCCUUUUGAUCAUCAAGUUGCCUGACACUCGGGUUCUGAGGAUUAUGUCAAGAUCGUUUUUCUUGGCUAUGGUUCUUCUCACAUUGCCUUCACUUGGCUCGAUUAUGAGAGCUUCUUCUGGUACUUUGGACGAAUAUGAUACCAUUUCUGAUGUCAAUGGCUUCAAAAUUCUGCCUAUUCUAUUCCGUGAUUUGGUUGAUGAAGGCCUAAUCAAGAUGGGCCACAAGGGCCUCAUUGUCGGCGCCGAGGCUGGUGAUAUUGAAGAGGAUUUGGAUUUCUUGAAAGAAAUCGGCAUUGAUUUGAUCACUGAAUAUGAUCUUCGCCGGAAGAAGAUCACCCAAAACGAGAUGUUUGAUUUUGUUUUCAAACUGAGCGUCCGCAGAAUCAAGCAAAUCGAUGGCAUUCUCAAGAACAAUGGCAUUGUGAUUGCCCCAUUGGCCAAUGAUCCCUCGAAUGAUCUACACCUUCAAACAAAUUACAGAAUCGUGUACCUUCGAAGAUACGAGAACACCGUAGUGGCAAUGAGGAAAUCCGGGAAACCAACCGGCUCGGAAAAUUCCCCAGCGAAGCAAAUUUCCUGUGGAACUACGGUCGAGGCCAAGAAAGAUUCACUGAAAGGCCUAGAAGAUGUUUAUCUUGAGCCUCCAAGACGAGCAUUGGCGCAAUCAAGCUUUAGAUCAAGGAAAAUCAAGUUCCUUCCUGAUUUGUUGAAGGAUUCUUUGGAGAAUUAUCCACGGAGAAUUUUCAUCGCGGAUGACUCCAGUGCAUUGGACUGGUUUUACAAAAACUAUCCAAUGAGAGAUCAAAAGUUCGAGAUUUUCAACAUGGAGCUUAAGGCCAGUACUGCCGAUGAAUCAUCAUCGCCUCAAGAAACUGGGGUCUCGACUUGGUUGACAAAGAAUGUGAAUAACGAGGAUUACAUCGUCAUGAAGGCAGAAGCACAAGUAGUCGAGGAAAUGUUGAAGGAGAAGACUAUAUGUCUUGUGGAUGAACUGUUUCUAGAGUGCAAGAAUCAAUGGCAACAAGAAGGAGAAGAAGAGAAUGGGAGCAAGAGAGCAUAUUGGCAGUGUUUGGCAUUGUAUGGAAAAUUGAGAGAUGAAGGGGUUGCUGUUCACCAAUGGUGA